GCCUCUAGUGUGGAAAAACCCUUAAUAGCAUAGAUCAAGCAGUUGGCUAAUUUUUAGCUUUACCAAGGGGGUGCUGGUCUCCUUCCUGCCUUGUACAACUCUAAUUCACAUCUUCUUGAGCAAAUGGGCCACCUUUUGCAAUCCUGCAAACAUGUUGGGGGGUUGUUAAUUUUACCCCCAGUAGGCAAACAGCAGAGCACUAAGGAAGAGAGCACACACUCCAGUUACAGAGGGAGACCCCUUUACUCACUAUCUCUACUUCCAAUGCCCCUAGUGGUCAUUAGGAUCAUUGGUGCAAAAGGUCAAUGCACUGGAACUCCAUCUCCAACAAAAACAGUGUGUGAGCUGCACUAUAAAAUGAAGACCUAAAGCAGCAAUAGUUUUGCAGAAUAUUCUAUCCCCCUCCACACACAGAGAUGCUGGUCCCAUUUCUUUUCUGGUAGCACUGGCAGCAAGAAUUAAUAACAAACAAAUGUGGAUUGUAGGUUCCUGUUUGCAAAUUGCUUAUUUCAGAGAGUUCAGGGAGAUUAACACUAUUUCAGAACAGAUGCAUGUCUACUCUGCAGUAAAUCCUGCUAAAUUCAAUGGGGCUUGCUUCCAGGAAAGGAUGCAUAAGAUUUCAACCAAGACUUUAAAGGGAAUGGUGUGUGAAUUUAUUUAUUUAUUUAUUUAUUUAUUUGAUUUUUAGCUUCCAAGCUGGCUCAGGGCGGUUUACAAUUUACAAUGGAAACUAUUUCAGGAAGUUAGUAAUUAAGAAGCAACAAGAGGCCCAUUCAUUUGUUAGGUUCAACACUUGUUCAAUGAGUGUAUAUUGUACACAGGUACAGUCAUUCACAUGUUAUGUUGAACACAGGUAUAGAAGUAUAUUUCAUGUCUGUAACAAUAUGCAGACAAUAUGCAUUUGAAGGGCCUGUAUUGAAGUUCACUUCUAAAAUGAACACAGACAGUCAUUCACACAAAUGUGUAUGAGUGUGUGGACAUAUCUGUACACUUGGAUACACUUCAAGGAUUAGUUGUUUUUGCUUUGAGAGACUUAGGAAAAAAGGAGGAGGGGGAUCCACAGUGGGAUCCCCCCACCCGGCAUACAAGAUUAAGAAUACUAUCAAUAGGCACUGGCAUAUUGUGGCGGAGUUACCGGGGUGUGAGGUUGCACCCUUGGUUGCCUUUCGGAAGACCUCUAGUAUUUGGGACAUGCUAAUUAGGACUGAUCUUUUAUCUAUGGAUAAGCCUGAUCCUGAGCUGGUUGUUUUUUUCCCUUGUAGCCACUGUUCUGUGUGCAAGUUAGCCAUGCCAUCUAAGGUUAUAUAGCAUCCUUUUACUAAUAAACCAUUUUUUUCUUAAGUUUUUUUGCCAAUUGUAGCUCUAAGGCUAUAGUUUAGGUCAUCUAGUGCCCUUGCAACCUUUGGUAUAUUGGAAAAGCAACAUUCUGCGGAUGAUAUAUGGGUGUUUCCCCCCCCUGUACAAAUAUAGGGGGCCUUCUUUUGCUUUAGAAGAUGUCCAUCGCAUUCUCCUUCAAAAAGAGACUUCUUCAUACACUUGUUUUCCACGGAGACACCUCGAGGUCUCAACUCUUAUAAUGAUCCAUUGUGCUUCCUGUAACUCUUUGGAGCACAUGGAUAUUGUUCUGAUAUGUUUUUGUGCCCUGUGUAUGAAUUCUAGUCUCUCCCUUGUGGACCUUUUUAGUUCCUGGGUUUGGUUGAGUUUGUGCGGGUUGGCUGUCCUUUUUCUCCUCUCAUGGGUUUUGCCAGCUUGUGGGUUAUGCGGCUCCCUGGCUGGGGACUGGAGGACCCUCCUGGAUAUAUGGUCUCCUCUUGGGGUGAUACGGCUUCUUGAGUUUUGAUGUUGCUUUACAGUGGUCACUUUCUGAGUUAUUAAAGUAUUGUUUAUUAUGAUUGUGGCUAUUACCACCAUGUGUGUGUUUUUUCUGUGUUCCUCCGGAGCAGUUUACAGGCUUCACGGCAUUUGAGUAAUGCCUCUGAUUAGCUUUUUGAACUAGUGAUUGGUUAUCUGGUUUGGCCAAACAAUUACUGUUAUUUUGGGAUACAGCUGCAGAGGCCUUUCUGCUAACUAGCGUUCUGUUAUAAGUUGUGGAGUCUUGUGGAGAGUUAACAUGCUUUUAGGCUUUUAUCUGCCUGGAGGAACUUUAUUGAGUGUUACUAUGUUCUGAGCCUGCAUAUUAUUGUUAAUAUAGCAAUGGAGACUGAUGAAAUAUGCUCCUGAAGAAGCAUUUAGCAAAACAGCUAUUUAUCCUGGGGCAGCUGUAAUGCCUUUUCCAGUCUCUUCAGUCAGCACUGAGCAGACUACACAGCAUGUACUGUUUUCCUGUUAUCAACUUUUGAAACCUUGAGUACAACUGAUUACAUCCCUAUCAUCGCUCCCUACUAUCAGACUACAGGAUAACUACAAGAGCUGUUAUUGUGAAUGUGAGCGAAUUUGGAGCCACAUAUUGAGGCCAACUUCUGUAUGUUAGGUUCUUUUGCUUCCACCAGACUUGAGGCUCCUAGUGGGAGUUUGCUAUUUACUAUCUGUUUAUGUGUAUUGUAUUCAUUCAUUUAUAUAUGCUGUUUGUAGAUGUUAACCUGGCUGGUUUUGUGUAUAGUAUAUUUCAGUCAUAUGCUGUUUGCAUAUAUACUGGUUUUGGGCAUAUCCUAUAUCAUGUUUAGUAUGUUUAUUGAUUAAAUCUUAUUUCUGUUUAAUUGCCUAUUAGAUCUUUCAGUUCACGGUUUGUUUUUGUUUUUCUCGGUUUGGGAGACUUGGCAGUCAAGGUGAAAUUGACCAACUCAAUACAAAUUGACAGGUUUGCAGGGGAUUUCCAAACACAGGUGAAAUUGACCAGCAGUUAUCUCCUUUUUAUUUUAGUAUUUCAGUGUUUGCUCUAGUGAAAAAAUGUGGUUCCUCUAGUUUAGCAGACUUUCAAAGCACAACAUUAGUUUUCUUGCAGAGAUUGAUGGGGGGGGGGGAUGAAAUCAAUCAGCUUGGUUGAAACGAGUAAGCUCAUUUAGCUUUUUUUAAAAUUGUGAACCACCCUGAGCUGUGUUAGGAUGGACACUAUACUAAUGAACUAAACAAACAAAUACCUUGAAACAGGGGUUCUCAAACAUGGGUCCCCAGAUGCUGUUGGACAAUAACUCCCAUCAUCCCCAGCCACAAUGGCCUUUGGUCAUUGUCACUGGGGAUGAUGGGGGUUGUAGUCUAACAUCAUCUGGAGACCCAUGUUUGAGAAACCUGGCCUUAGAAUGUUUGAGUGCAAGCAUGUAUGGUAUCCCAGGAAACCGUUGUCUUAGAGCUAGAGCAUGAACAGAAGAAGAUCCAUGCAAAAGCUUCCUUGGUGAUAGCCAAGCUGGGCAAUGGGGACCCUUUCAGUCUUCCUCGAUGUCCCAUUAAUCAAAGGAACAGGCAUUCCCCUGGAUGUCUACCGAGUGGACCCAUCUCCCCAAAAGGUGUGCCUUGGCCAUGCAGGCUGCCAGACUGAAUCAGAUGAAGCUUGGAUCCCACCAGUUGUGAGGCGGACUCUGCUUCAAAUCCCCCAAGACCCAACCCUGACCCACGAAUACCUCCCAGAACUUGGGGUUCCCGAGUUCAACAGAGCAGCCACGGAACUAGUGCUGGGCAAGUACAGUCGUGCUCUCCUAGAUAACAGGGCUGGGGGUGUUCAGACCAUUGGUGGGACAGGCGCUGUGUUUAUUGGUGCUGAAUUUUUGCGCCGCUGGUACAAGCCCAACUCCUCAACAUCAACUGCCGUCUACAUUGCCAUCCCGCAAUUGGGUAGUCUUGGCUGUAUUUUCCAAACUGCUGGUUUUAACGACAUUCGUCCAUACCAAUACUGGGACCCCGUCAAGCUGACUGUCAACAUACAACAGUUCCUGCUGGACUUGCAGAGUGCACCAGAAAGAUCCAUUGUUUUCCUUCAUGCUCCUGAAGAAACUGGCCUGUCGCCCAAGCAGUGGGGGAAAGUGGCAACCGUGAUGGAGAAAAAGCACCUCUUCCCCUUUUUCGACGUGGCAGCUCAGGGGCUGGCUUCUGGGAAUCUGGACCGAGAUGCCUGGGCACUGCGGCAUUUUGUGGCAAGAGGCUUUGAACUUCUGUGUGCCCAAUCCUUUUCCAAAACAUUUGGCUUAUAUGAGGAGCGGGUGGGGAACCUGAUUGUGGUGACAAAAGACAACGAGACGCUGAUCCGAAUCCAGUCUCAACUUGCCAAGCAGGUCACCAUGAUAUGGUAUGGCCCCACCAGUUUGGGAGCACGACUCAUCACAAUGGUGCUGAACAGCCCUGCCCUGCUGUACGAAUGGAAAGAGAAUCUCCUGACACUGGUAAAGAGGAUUAUGCUGAUGAGGGAGAAACUGAAAGAGAAGCUACGGAUUCUAGGGACUCCAGGCUCAUGGGAGCACCUUACAGCUCAAGCAGGAACAAACAGCUUCAUUGGUCUCCUCCCUUCCCAGGUGGAAUUCCUAGAAAAGCAGAAGCACAUCUACCUCCUUCCAAACAACCAGAUUAACAUCUGCAGUAUUAACUCCAAAAACCUGGACUACAUAGCACAGAGCAUCCAUGAGGCAGUGAUGUCAGGGUGAGGAUCAGAUUGUGACUGUGCCUAGCUAAAAGCCAAAUGGAUCUAGGCAGUGUCUUUGAUUAUUUUGGAAAGCCUUUAUCAGAUCCGACAGAAUUUUUUUUGUUUGGACUGUAGGUUAUAGCAAGAAAUCAUAAUCUGAGGUGCAGAAUAUCAAAUGCAAAAAUCAUAAUCUGCAUUAAAAAUAAUAAUCUGAUUCGCUGAA